AAACAGAAGUAAUUAGAGGGAGUCAGACUGACACAGUGUUCACAAAAACCCCCUAUUUGGCUUCACAAGUCACUCAUUGUAGGGUUUAGGGUGCGUCUCCCAUUUUCUUCUUCGUCUUGUUUGUUGUUUGUGUGCGAGUGCGAAAUCAAUCAAUCAAUCCCAGUUAUGUCUGUGUAUCGCCUCCUGCUCCGCUCUCUUCGCAGCCCCUCCUCCUCCUCCUCCUCCUCCUCCUCCUCCCAACAAACCUUAACUCCAUCUCUCACAGCCCUACUACUCCACACCCUGCAAAACCCCAACCCUAACCCCCACCAUGCUCUCCUCCCCCGCCGCUCCUUCGCCUUCUCCUCCGCUGAGGAAGCUGCCGCCGAGCGCCGCCGCCGCAAGCGCCGCCUCCGCAUCGAGCCUCCUCUCCAUGCUCUCCGGCGAGACCCCCAUCCUCCACCCCCUCGCGACCCCAACGCCCCUCGCCUCCCCGACUCCACCUCUGCCCUUGUGGGUCCCCGCCUCAACCUCCACAACCGCGUGCAGUCCCUCAUCCGCGCCGGCGACCUCGACGCCGCCUCCGCUGUCGCUCGCCACUCUGUGUUCUCCAACACCCGUCCCACCGUCUUCACCUGCAACGCCAUCAUUGCCGCCAUGUACCGCGCGAAGAGGUACAAUGACGCAAUUGCCCUCUUCCACUUCUUUUUCAACCAGUCCAAUAUUGUUCCCAAUAUUGUCUCUUACAAUAACUUGAUCAACACCCAUUGCGAUGAGGGUCGUGUUGAUGUGGGUCUCGAGGUUUAUCGCCAUAUCAUUGCCAAUGCUCCCUUUAGUCCCUCACCUGUCACCUACCGGCACUUGACCAAAGGGCUGAUCGAUGCCGGUAGGAUCGGCGAGGCCGUUGAUCUUCUGAGAGAAAUGCUGAACAAAGGCCACGGUGCCGAUUCCUUGGUUUAUAACAACUUGAUCUCCGGCUUCUUGAAUUUGGGGAAUCUGGACAAGGCUAAUGAGCUCUUUGAUGAGCUUAAGGAACGCUGCUUGGUGUAUGAUGGGGUUGUGAAUGCCACCUUUAUGGAUUGGUUUUUCAGUAGGGGCCAACAUAAGGAGGCUAUGGAUUCCUACAAGUCUUUGCUUGAUAGGCAGUUUAAGAUGGUCCCUGCCACUUGCAAUGUUCUGCUGCAGGUGUUGCUUAAGCAUGAUAGGACGACAGAGGCUUGGGCUUUGUUUGAUCAGAUGCUGGAUAAUCACACUCCGCCUAAUUUUCAAGCUGUCAAUUCCGAGACUUUUAAUAUAAUGGUCAAUGACUGUUUCAAGCUUGGAAAGUUUGAAGAGGCCAUUGCAACCUUCAAGAAGGUUGGAACUAAAGUGAAUUCCAAACCUUUUGCUAUGGACGUUGCUGGGUAUAAUAACAUCAUCGCAAGGUAUUGUGAGAAUGGGAUGUUAUCAGACGCCGAGAAAUUAUUUACAGAAUUGUCCGCCAAAUCAUUAUCCCCUGAUGUCAAUACUUAUAGAACUUUGAUCGAUGCAUAUUUGAAAGUUGAGAACAUAGAUAGUGCUUUGAACACAUUCAACAGGAUGGUGGAUGCCGGUUUACGAGUGGUUGCUAGUUUUGGUAAUAGGGUGUUUGAUGAAUUGAUCAGCAAAGGCAAAGCUGUGGACUGUGCACAGAUUUUGAAAAAGAUGGGAGAAAAAGAUCCUAAACCAGAUGCCAGUUGCUAUGAGGUUGUGAUUAAGGGACUUUGCAAUGAAGGAGCAUUUGAUCCAACCCAGGAUUUAUUAGAAGACAUGUUCAGGUAUGGCAUUGGUGUUCCUCCAGUUCUGCAGCAAUUCGUAAGAGAAGCUUUUGGCAAAGCUGGCUUGAGUGAAGAGAUUGAGAGAGUGUUAAGUGCAAGUAGGUGGGGAUAUGUGCCACGCCCUCAAAUAGCACGACCGAGACAGCAGCCAUUUGGCCCCUCGCAAACGGCAGGACAGCAUCGCCUACCAUCAGGACCUCCUCAAAUGUCUGCACCACAGCAUCCUUCAUUUGGAUCCCCUCCAAUGGGAGGAUUGCAACAACCUCCAUCGGGGCCCCCUCGGAUGAAUGGACCUUAUCAAUGGUCAUCAGGACCUUCUCAUGUAGUACCACCCCAAAACCCUCCACAUGGACACCCUCAAAUGGCAGGAUCUCUGCAACAUCCAUCAGGACACACUCAAAUGGGAGGACCUCAAAACCCUCCUCCGGUAUUUCCUCACAUGACAGGACCUCAGCAACCUCCACCAGGACCCCCGCAAAUGGCAGAGCCUUAUCAGCCCAUGUCACAAUCUCCUCGAAUGGUCGGACAACAUGAAUUGCAUUCAGGACCCAGACAGAUGGAAACACCACAGUUCUCUUCAUCAGGUCUGCCUCAAAGCACCGAACAGUAUCACUUGCGACCAGAUGCCCCUCAAAUGUCAGGACAGCACCAUCCCCCAUCAGGGCCCCCUCAAAUGACCAGACAACAAGAGGUGUCAUCAGAACCCCCUCAGCCUCAAGUGACAGAACAGGCGCAUAGUGUCACUUUCUCUUAAGCUUGAGAGAGAUAUUUUUUGACUGGAUGUACGAGGGUUUGUAUGAGACUAUUAAUUAUCUUUCAUAUAUCAUGGGUCUAUGAUACGAUAAAUUAAUUAUGCUUAUAGUUUUCAGAUCCACAUAUCCAUUACAGACAUUUUGAUACAUAAAUAAUUCCAAUUCUAUUCAUUGUACAAGCCUAGAUAUGUAGCAUAUCUCAAGGUGACAUUUGUGAGCAUUAACUGCUUGAAGCAACUGAGUAACAAUUUUGCCCCUAAUGCUGCUUGCAGUGCAUUUGUUGUAUAAGGAUCGUUGAAAUUCAUUAACCUAUAUGUUGAUGUUCAUGGCUUUGGUUUCAA